GAUUAACCACACUGUGACAACCACACACGUCAACUCACAAUUACGAUUUGUUUCUCACAUGAAAACCGCUGCGGACCUUAAUUAGUAAAGAUGUACUAUUUUUUUCCCCUCUGAAAAUUAAUACAGCAACUUGAUGUUACAUUUAACCUAACAAGUUGAUAGCUUCCCUUUAAUAUAAUAAAACCUUUCCUCCCACCUGUAUUGCUCUCUUGCCAACAGAAAGAAAGAUAUGGAAGCCAUGGAUGAAGCAACCAAUCUUCUUCUUCAAGGUCAAGCCGAGAUAUGGAAACACAUCUUCAGCUUCGUGAAUUCCAUGGCAUUAAAAUGUGCUGUGGAGCUCCGUAUACCGGACAUCUUACAUUCCCAUAAUCGCCCUUUAUCACUCCUCGAAAUUGCAUCCAAAAUUCCAAACUCUUCCUCCCCAAACCUCCCUUACCUUUCCCGAAUCAUGCGUUUAUUAGUCCACAACAAAAUAUUCACCUCCACCACGUUGCCGAGCUCCGGCGACGGGGAUGAGCCUUCCUCGGUGGUUUACGGCCCAACGGAGGUGUCGAGUUGGUUGGUACAAGACGGGAACGAGCUGAGUUUUGGGCCGUUUCUGUUAAUGGAAAACCAUCCAUGGACUCUAAGCCCAUGGCAUCAACUGAGUGCUUGUGUUAGGGAAGGUGGUAUUGCUUUUAAAAAAGCUCAUGGAUGUGAAAUAUGGGAUUUCGCCGCCAAAAACCCUGAAUUCAAUAAGCUUUUCAAUGAUGGGAUGGCCUGUACUGGAAAGAUUACAAGGAAUGCGAUUCUUUCGGGUCUUGAAAAGGAUGCAUUUAAGGGUUUGGAAUCUGUGGUGGAUGUUGGCGGUGGAACGGGGCAAACUAUAGCUGAAAUUGUUGGAAAUUAUCCGCAGAUUAAAGGGAUCAAUUUCGAUUUGCCCCACGUUAUUGCAACAGCGCCGGAAUACGCCGGUGUUUCUCACGUCGGCGGCGACAUGUUUCGGGAAAUCCCCGCUGCGCAAGCUGUUUUCAUGAAGUGGGUAAUGCAUGACUGGGAUGAUGAAGAUUGUGUGAGGAUACUGAAGAAUUGUCGGAAAGCAAUCCCAGAAGAAACAGGGAAAAUAUUUAUUGUGGAUUUGGUGUUAAAUCCUGAUGGUGAUGUGGUGUUUGGUAGUACUGGGUUGGCCUUGGAUUUGUUGAUGAUUGCACACAGCUCAGGUGGUAUGGAGAGGACUGAAUUCGAAUGGAAAAUUCUUCUUCAAAAAGGAGGUUUCCCUCGCUACAAAAUUACCAAAAUUCCAGCUCUCUAUUCCAUGAUUGAAGCUUAUCCUAAUUGAUUUGUAACCUGCUCAAUAAAUUUGAGAUCAUGCAUGUAUGAACUUAUGUGUUGGUCUUCGCUCUUGUUGGUAAAUGGUAUGAAUUGGCCUUAUUUUCGAGUUGUGUUAUCAAUUGGAUAAAUUAUUUUUCUUUCUUAAAAAUGUAAUACACCGUUACAAAAUAAAUAUAAAUGUACGCAAUCAUUUCGUAUCACAGAACGAGUUUCUUUUUACAUUAUGCUUUAUUUAUCAAAAUAUAGUUUUGGUUUUCC